UUCCUCGCUCCAGAUCUCUCCUUCCACAGUUCUGCCAACCACUUGGGGCCCUGGUGCUCCUCCCCGAGGGGUGACCGAGACCCUUGAAAAGGAAGCCGGGAUCCUGGCCAACAUGCCCCCCCAGAAGGCCGAGGAGGAGGAGGCUGUGAAGGGGGGAUCUUCCUCCAGGGAAGAGGGCCGAGAAGCAACUUCUGCCACCGUCGGCCCCCCGGAGCAGCUGCCGAGUCUCUGCAGCAUGAAUUUCUCUGAGCCGGAGGGCUACAUCGACUCGGCCGAGGCUCCGCUGGCGCCCCAGAACGGCUUCCUGGAGUGCACCUUCCGCGUGAGAGUCUACACUGGAUAUGGGGUGGAGCUGCAGGUGAAGAGCGUGAACCUGUCCGAGGGGGAAGUGCUGGCCAUUCGUGGGGAGGACGACGGCCACUUGGUCACGCUGGCCAACCAGACGCUCCUGGUAGAAGGCCAGGUCAUCCGCAGCCCCACCAACACCAUCUCGGUCCUCUUCCAAGCCUUCCCGGACGGCCUGGGGACUUUCCAGCUGCAUUAUCAAAUCUUCAUGCUGAGCUGCAGCUUCCCACGGAGGCCCAAUUUUGGGGAGGUGGCCGUGCUGGGGCUGCACUCGGGGGGCCUGGCUCAUUUUAACUGCCACCUGGGCUACGAGCUGGAGGGAGCGCGGAGCCUGACCUGCCUCAAUGCUUCCAAGCCACACUGGAGCGCCCCGGAGCCCGUCUGCUCAGCCCCCUGUGGAGGCACCGUGCGCAAUGCCACCUUUGGCCGCAUCCUGGCCCCAACCUCUCCGAGGAGCCCCCCGGGCAGCCUGGCGUGUGUGUGGACGGUCAGCGCCCCUGAGGGGCAGAAGCUCCACCUGCACUUUGAGAGGCUGGCACUGGGGCCCAAGGAAAGAAUGGUGGUCUACGGGGGAGAAUCGAACCGCUCAGCCGUGCUCUACGCUUCCCAGCAGAGCAGCAACGUGCCUUUCGAAGGAGUGAUCAGCGAAGGAAACGCCCUGCGUGUCGCCUUCACCUCGGAGGACCCUGACGGAGAGCCCACCUUCAACAUUCGGUUCGAAGCCUUUGAGAAGGGCCACUGCUACGAGCCCCACCUGCAGAACGGCAACUUCACCACCUCCGAUGCCACCUACAACCUGGGGGCGGUCGUGGAGUUCACCUGCGACCCCGGGCACAGCCUGGAGCAGGGGCCGGCGGUCAUCGAGUGCAUCAAUCUCAGGGACCCCUACUGGAACGACACGGAGCCCUUGUGCCGAGCCACCUGCGGGGGGGAGCUCUCCACGGCCGCCGGAGUCGUCCUGUCCCCCAACUGGCCGGAGCCCUACGCGGAGGGCGAGGACUGCGUCUGGAAGGUCCACGUGGGGGAGGAGAAGCGGAUCUUCCUGGACAUCCAGCUCUUGAACCUGAGCCAGAGCGACAUCCUCACGGUCUACGACGGGGAUGACCUCAACAGCCACAUCCUGGGCCAGUUCCUGGGCCCCAGCGGGCCCCAGAAGCUCUACUCCUCCACGCCUGACUUGACCAUCCAGUUCCACUCGGACCCGGCCGGCCUCGUCUUCGGGAAGGGCUUCACCAUGAGCUACAUCGAAGCCUCGCGGAAUGAGUCCUGCUCGGACCUGCCGGAAAUCCAGAAUGGCUGGAAGACCACUUCUCACACCGAGCUGGUUCGGGAGGCCAGAAUUACCUACCAGUGCGACCCGGGCUACGAUAUUGUCGGCAGCGACACCCUCACCUGCCAGUGGGACCUCACCUGGAGCAGCGACCCCCCUUUCUGUGAGAAAAUCAUGUAUUGCACGGAUCCUGGAGAGGUGGAACACUCAACCCGCUUAAUUUCGGACCCGGUGCUCCUGGUUGGAACCACCAUCCAGUACACCUGCCACCUGGGCUUCGUGCUGGAGGGCAGCUCCCUUCUCACCUGCUACAGCCGGGAAACGGGGACCCCCAUCUGGACCUCCCGGCUGCCCCGCUGCGUGCCGGAGGAGUCCCUGGCCUGUGACAACCCAGGGCUGCCUGAAAACGGCUACCAGAUCCUCUACAAGCGCCUGUACCUGCCGGGAGAGUCCCUGACCUUCAUGUGCUACGAAGGCUUUGAGCUGCUGGGGGAGCUGAGCCUCAAGUGCAUCCUGGGGCAGCCCUCCCGGUGGAGUGGGCCGCUCCCCACCUGCAAAGUCAACCAAGACAGCUUUGAACAUGCCUUGGAAGUAGCAGAAGCUGCUGCAGAAACGUCCUUGGAGGGAGGCAACAUGGCGCUGGCCAUCUUCAUCCCCGUCCUUGUCGUUUCCUUGCUUCUGGGGGGUGCCUACGUCUACGUCACGAGAUGCCGCUACUACUCCAGCCUUCGGCUGCCCCUCAUGUAUUCCCACCCAUACAGCCAAAUCACGGUGGAGACGGAGUUUGACAAUCCAAUUUACGAGACGGGGGAAACCCGGGAAUACGAGGUGUCCAUCUGAAGCAGCCCCCAACACACCCCACCUCGCCUUCCACCCCCAACAUCUCCUGAAGGGACCCACUGGGAGAUGUGGUGGAAUCUGCCCGAGAGCUUGGACCCCCGCUCUCCUUUCACUUUCCAUCCAGCUGUGCCCACUUCUUCCUCUUCGUCUUGGUGGACCCUCCCUCGGUGGCGUCUCCAGCCUCCUGGCGGUGCUGGGCUCAGGCUUUGCUGGCGUGGAGCUGAGCCCACUUGGCAACGCAGCCGCUCGCCCGGCCGGCCACGAGGGACGCCCUUGCUUGGUUCUCCUCCUGGGCCUUGUGGAUGUGCUUGGCAAACCUGUGGUUGAAAACUGUGGCUCCCUCUGGUGAAGGGGCCAGACUUGACUUGCCCAAUCCGGCCAAAGCACCGACCUCUUGGCAGGGCAGCUCCUCUCCUGGCCCCCUCUGGGCACAGCGGGUGCCACUUCUGCCUCUGCCGGAGGAGCCUUCGGGGGGAAACCCAGCAGCCCUGAGACUCCGGGUCCGCUGGCUGCCAGGGAGGCCCAGAAGCCCAGUGGAGGGAAACCUGUGCCAAGCCCCCUCCCCACUUCCAUCACGAGCGAGAGGUAUGAACUGCAGCAGCCGCAGGGUGAGCGAGGAGGAAGAAGAUGCAGAGCGGGGGCUCUGGAAGAUGAAGGGCAGGGGACCUUUUGAGGGGGGUCUCGGACACGUCCUUCCGAAGAAAGCCUUGGCAACCUCUCCCGUCCUCCUGGCCCUGAUGACCCUGUGGGCAAGUCCCCCUUUGCUCCGGCACCUGUUUUGCCUCCGGAGACCUGCUGCCAGGAUGGACGGAGAGAGGAGGUGGAUUUCCAGGCCCUUCUCCCACCCACCUCCUCCCUUUCCCAAGCAGAACAACUGGGGAUCCUCCGGAGGCCUCUGGCACUGCCACCCACCCACCAGGUUGCAUCAGGAGCCCCCCCGGGGAACCUAAAGGGGACUUACAAUGCAGGGGUGAGAGGCCAGCUGGAUGAGCCAGAAGAACUCCCGAGACUGGCUGACG